AUGAAGGUCACGCUGGGCUUUGCCGCAGCCUUUGUUGGCUGUGUUGCAGCUUCGCAGCCUAAUGCCGAUGUCUAUAUUUUGCCGAAUCGCGAAUCCUCGUCGCCGCCGUCCGUCUCCAGCAACGUCGCCCGACUGAUUGCAUUACAACGACUUUCCUCCGGUCGAAGCAUUUCCGUCAAUGAAAUCCCGAAAGACGCUGAUGUCGAAAACGUGGCCUCGUUGCUUAUCGAAUUUGGGAAGCCGAUCCCUUCGAUAUUCGAUGAAGCCGCCGAUGAGCCCAACCAGCUGAUUAUUGCGAUAAAGGGAAUGACAGAGGAACAAAUCAGGGAUACAAGAGAAAAGCUGAACGUGCAGCCUGCAUUCACUAUCCCGGACGUCCCUUCUGUUGAUCCACUACAAUGGAUCACGGAUUUCAACCCUGCCGACUAUCAUGGCGCGGCGAACCCCCAGAAGUGCUCUUUUGAUGAAAUAAUUAAUCCCCUCGAUGAGCGAUGCUGGGCCGGAAGGACUAUGUUUGCCGAAUAUGAUAUUCAAAAGGGACCGCAGACCUUGGGCGAUGUGAUCCAUAGCUUCUCUCGACUCGACUCUCUUGCCAAGAUUGGCGAGAUGCAAACUACUUUGUUCCUCCUCCCAGAUGUCAGCGGCCAUUCGGGCUCAAAGCAAGGGACCGGCCAGCAACAGGAGCUUCGUCGCCGCCAGGCAGAGAGGGUGCUCAAUUCAUUUCACAAGGCAGCCCAUGUGGAACAGACCUCGCCAGCACCUAACAAUAUCCUCAGAACCCCCUCAAAGGCUAUUCCCGCUUGCUUCGACUCUCUGGAUAGCUGCGUCACAGGCACUGGAAAUUGCUCGCACCAGGGACAAUGCCUAAACAAGUAUGGAUCUGCGGAUGCUGGUGGUUCAACUUGUUUUGCAUGCCACUGCCUUAGCACCAGGACAGGCGAAGAUGGCGCCCUAACUCAUUGGGCAGGACCUACAUGCGCUAAGAAAGAUAUAAGCGUUCCGUUCUGGUUGUUUGCUGGCUUCACUUUGCUUAUGCUGGGAAUAUUGUCACUCUCUGUCACAAUGCUUUACAAUGUGGGCGACGAGAAGCUGCCAGGUGUCAUUGGGGCUGGAGUUUCUAACUCAAGAGCCGAGCGGCCAAAGCUGCCUACGGCCAAAUGGGGAGCUGCCUGUGCGCCGUGUGCCACCGCAAAGGCGAAAUGUAUUCGAUCCAACGACACGCCCGGAGCAAAGUGUGACAGGUGUGAGAGACUUUUGAAGGAGUGCACGAACCAGAUUCAUCGCCCGCGCAAGAAAAGACAGUCCAAACCCUCCCGAACAGCGCAGAUCGAAGAGCGGCUCAACGGCCUGGUUAGUCUUCUGAAAGCGUCUGGAGAGCUUUCCGGAACUCAACCUGACCCACCCUCGCGAGACGACACCAACGAAGACCGCAGGACUGAAGGCUCAUCUGAUGGCCCGUCCCCGCUCUCAAGCCCGUCGAGUGCCAUUCCCAGCAUCACCAACCAGGCCAAUACUUGGAUUAUAGAUCCGUCGUACAACUCAUUCACGCCGAAAUCAUGCAUCUGCCACCCAGACACUCUGGACGCGCCGCCGCCUCCGGAGCCGGACGAGGUUCUUCUCGAUUUCUACCGGAAGAAUCUCCAACCCGUCCACCCCUUCGUCAUAGUCCCGCCCAAUAUCACCGCAGCUGUUUUGGCGGUAAGGAGACCGUUCCUAAUGGCAGCUAUCCGAAUGGUUAGCUCGUUUCGAAGCAUACGAUCGAUGAGAGCGCAGAUGUAUCACCUGAUGAAGCACCUCGCAGAUUACAUGCUUGUGCGCUCGGAAAAGUCCCUGGAUCUGUUAUUAGGGAUCAUAGUCAUGCUUGGAUAUCAGCAAUAUCACUGUUGCCUCCACGGACAGCUGAACAACCUGAUUACUCUAGCCAGCAGCUUGAUUGGUGACAUGGGCUUGAAUAGGCCUCCAGGAUUAAACGAGCGAACCCGUUUGAUGGUUGUACGUCCACCAGAGGUGAAUGGCCGUAGUAACGAAGAGAGGCGAGCAUUUGCAGGGGCAUGGUACUGGGCAUCCGUAAUUUCGAUGAAUUUUCAAAGAGUUGAACCGAUGAGAUACAACAGCUACCUUUCAGACUGUGUGCAACAUUUACAAGAGCACUCGGAAUACGAAAGCGAUAUUUCUCUAGUUUACCUUGUCAAGAUACAGAGAUUGACGGAUCGCAUCGCCGAAUUCAACUCCGAAGACAGGGCUACUGAGGAAACCUCUCCAGUGCCUUCUGCUCCUGUCUCGGCCUACAUUUUGGCGUUCCAAAACGAACUCAACCAAAUUCGCGACUCCAUGCCUAAACAUCUGAAGGAAGACAGUUACCUUCGCCUGUAUGAGCCGCCUGUUGUCGACAAAAAUCUGAUCCGUUCACUAUCCAAGUCGCUUUCUUCUGUGUCCAUGGCUAUGGAUUCGCCACUCGACAAAAUCUACCGAUCAAGUGCCGUUCUUACAACAUGGUUCAACUCCUGGCUUGCUCUCCCCAUCUCCACCUAUUAUUUUCAAACCACGGCAGUCGGUUCACAUCUCGUCUACGCUCUUGUUAUGCUAGCUCGCUGGGCAAGGUUAUCGACUCCAAGAGCCAUGUUCGAAGGCAGGACACCAAUGCCAGACGACCCGAGCGCAAAUAACCCAAAUCUUGCUUUAUAUAACUCUGACAUGGCCAAUGUGCAGUGCGAAUCUGGCAUGGCAUCAGGCAAGACCGAUGCACCUCCUGAACGUUUGCCUGUGCGUCCCGAUUUAGAAGAUUCUGACCUUGCGGCUGCUGUGGCCGUAUUACGAACGCAGCUACAAACACAGCCUGGCCUAAUGAUCAACAUCCCCGAGAUCCUCUCAGCGAUAUGUAACCGCUUUGAACAUGCCAACGCAACCUUCCAAUUAUGCUCGGUAGACACAGAAAGAGUCAACAAAAAUAUUUGGAUGAUGACUGCUCUGAAAGUUCGCAUCACAAGAGCCAAGCUGGAGAAAUGGGCAGAACUAGUGGCUGAAGGAGGAGAAAGCCUUGGUCAAGAUGAUCGAACAGACGGAGAUCAAAGAAUGGCAGAAUGGCAAGCAGUGAUGCAUAUACCGCAAACGGAAUGCACGGGCCUAGACGAUCUAGGAAUUUUAGCGACUGAGUAUCAACAGCAGCCCCAAGCAGAAAGUAAUUCAUGGGGGCAUGCGACAAACAUUCCGUGGACUACCGAUUUACUUUCUGGUUUUGAUCCAAGUAGCUUGUUUGAUGGAUAUCUGGAUUGGAAUUCAGUUGGCAUGAAUGCUACACCUCCUUUGGAAAGAUGA